GCACAAGGGUCGGGGCGCCGGGCGGGGGGUGAAGAAGGGGCUGGCCUUCCAGCGACAGCGACGCAAGAUGGCAGCCACCACGGGCUCGGGAGUAAAAGUCCCUCGCAAUUUUCGACUGUUGGAAGAACUGGAAGAAGGCCAGAAAGGAGUAGGAGAUGGCACAGUUAGCUGGGGUCUAGAAGAUGACGAAGACAUGACACUUACAAGAUGGACAGGGAUGAUAAUUGGGCCUCCAAGAGUAAGCGUCGAGCUACGGCUAUAAAUGUCAAUGUCUUAAAAUUCACUGUGCCUCCUUUUAAAACAAUAGUAGCCUUAUCACGGAAAAGCUCACCAAUGGUAUAUUUUCUGAAAUGUGGCUAUUCUUUUUUGACCAGUUUCAGUUUAUAUAUUUGAACCUCCUCUGAUGCUGUUUAAUCCCUCUAAAUGACAAUUUAUGAAAACCGGAUAUACAGCCUUAAAAUAGAAUGUGGACCUAAAUACCCAGAAGCACCCCCCUUUGUAAGAUUUGUAACAAAAAUUAAUAUGAAUGGAGUUAAUAGUUCUAAUGGAGUGGUGGACCCACGAGCCAUCUCCGUGCUAGCAAAGUGGCAGAAUUCCUAUAGCAUCAAAGUAGUUCUGCAGGAGCUUCGGCGCCUAAUGAUGUCUAAAGAAAAUAUGAAACUCCCUCAACCGCCGGAAGGACAGUGUUACAGCAAUUAAUCAGAAAGGAAACCCACAGGCCCUCCCCCUCCCCCGUUCGAUGUAAGCAGUCUUCAUUUUCCACAGUAGUCAGUUUUCUAGGUAUGUCUUGUAGACCUCAGAAGUACUGGAAAGGAAGCUCCCGUUCAAGGGCAAUUUCUCUUAAGAUCCUGUAAAUGAUACUAAUUUUUUGUUCAUUUGAAAUACCUGAGUUGUGCUCUAACAAAUCAUUCUGUCAAGUGUAACCACUGUCCAUGUAGUUGAACUCCUGGGAUCAAGAAAGUGUAUUUAAAUCGAUUUCCCAUCGUAAGUGGUGGGGCACAUCUAACUCAACUGUGAAGAGACACGUCACACAAUCACCUUGCUGCUGAUACAUGGCCUGGGGUCUCUGCCUUCUCCCCUUCCCCCUCCCCUGCCUCCAGCCCCUUCUCCCUGCAACAGCCCUCCAGCUCGGGGAGGUUUCUUAGAAUAGAUGUGAAGGUUUCGGGUCACAGCCUAUGGGACUACUGCUGGGUGCAUAAGUCUUAAAUGGUGCCCCCAUUCCAAGCCAUCCUUCCCCUCUCCUCCACUCCCACCCCUGGCCGAAGCAUAGAUUGUAAUCCCCUCUGCUCCCCUCUAAAAUUGGCCUUUGCUGAGGAAUUCAGGGCUUUCCCCACGUCUUCUCUUCCCCCACCGGAUCGAGGGGUGCUGCUGCUGCUGCUUUCCUCCUCCCAGAGCCCCUUCCUGCACCGUCACACCCCACACUUCCCGCGACACUUCCUUGCUUUGGCCAGAAGCCAUCAGGGAAGGUUGGAAAGAGCCUUUGAGCUCCCUCGUUUUGUUUUCUAACCACACUGAUUUCCUCUCCACCAGCCUGGGACACGAACACGGGGCCCUCAGCCCUGCCACCCUCUGCUGUCAUCAGCUGAUGCGUUGUUUUAGCUCAGGUUUUGAUACGGUGGCAAGAACGGUCACCAGGGUUCCUCAGACCUGCCAGCUCUCAAAGUCCUUGGUGGUUAAGCUUGGAGAAAGGCCACAUGAAGACACUUGUAAGCACACACGGUCCCUCUGAAUGUUUUCUUUUCCUGUAAUUGCUUUUGCUUUUAAAAAUGGAAGACGUUUUAAACAGACAGGGCUCUCACUCGAUCAUCCUUGCAAUCCAUUGGGUCUGGCUUGGAGUCUGACAACUAGAGCAGAGCAGGAACCUGGAAGCCGGCGCGCACGUCGGUUUGGUGCUGCUGCUUACCAUCCUCAGCAGGGCGGCAGAAAGAACUCGGUGUGCGCGGCAGGUCCCGAAAUUGGCGAGUUUGACCGCCUGGCAAAUUGCUGCGUUUUUUCCAUCUUUGUGUUCAGGACCACUAAAUGCUGAAAUGCGGAUGCAUACCGAAAUAAAAGCAAUUCAUUUGUGUUUUACAAGGGGCUUUUUUUUCCUUCUUUUAAUCCAGAAUUUCUGUAAAAAGCACCUUUUGAAGCAGCAACUAUCAAGUCUGAAAAACAAUUGAUGUUUCCAUUAAUUUUUUUUUUCUUUCUGGGGAAUACCUUAGUUCCAAGGAUUUAGCAUCCUGUAAGUAAAGUUUAACAUAACAGUAUUCCGUGAGCAGGCUUUUUAUUGUCAGACCAUUGCCUGAUUUUAAUAUAAUAAAAAGAAAAAAGUGUGCAUUAAUAUCUAA